UUUAAUAUUUAUACCUCGUAUUUAAAGAUCACUGGCGCUAUAAAGAUCACGACAUCGACGUUUCCAGUGGUGGAUUUCUCGUGAUUGUGAUGCUGCAUGUGGUGUGGACACGUUGUCACAAAAUAUCUGCCAACUGCGGAAUGUACUUACAGCUGAUUGUGUUUACAAAUAAAACUAAAUACUGAUAAAUCUUAUUUUGCGUUAGCGAGUGGAGGUUUGAGGAGUAGAUGAUCGAGAUUAGUACUGGAUGCAGCCGGUCCUGGAAGGAAAAAAGAAACUGAUACAAGCAAAGGAGCUAUGGCAGAGGACAGAGAAAUUUUGCGUGAAGUGUGGGAAGGUCGUAUACCAGUCUGCAUUAAUUUAGCUAAGGAGGAGCUAGACACUGUGGAAGAGCCAGAUCCAUACUAUUUGUUAGUGCCAAGACAAAGUUAUUUCCCUUUGGUUAUGGACAAGGUGCAGAAACACUUUCUAAAGCACAUGAGCACAGAGAACCAGGAACAUGGAGAAAUGUGGCUAGAGUUUGAAGGGCAGCCUCUCAAAUGGCAUUACCCUAUUGGAGUUUUGUUUGAUCUACACAGAAAUUCUGCCAGUCUUCCGUGGAACCUCAUUGUACACUUUCAGAACUUUCCAGAAGAUGAACUGCUGCACUGUCCUAAUAAGGAGGCUGUUGAGGCCCACUUCAUGGCUACUGUAAAGGAGGCUGAUGUAUUAAAACAUCGCAGUCAGGUCAUCAAUGGCAUGCAGAAGAAAGAUCAUAAGCAGCUUUGGACAGGAUUUCAGAAUGACAAAUUUGACCAAUUUUGGUCAGUGAACAGAAAACUUAUGGAAAGUGAAGGCGAAGAUGUUUUCAAGUACAUUCCCUUUAGAAUACACCAGCCUGAUAGUCUACCUGUUCAGAAAUUGUUUAAACCUCUGGAUGACAGUGGGGAGCCACACACUUUGACUCGUUUACUUAAAACUGCUUUACCUGAUUAUGACUGGCCAGAUGAACUGAAGUACAAGGAUGUCAUCAUACAAGGAAUCAAGCCUAGGUUAGAUACGCCAGUUUUGUGGCUUAGUGAGCACCUUAGCUACCCAGACAACUUUCUGCACAUAUGCGUCAUUCCAAGAAUAGACCAUGAAGACUGAGAGUGACUAUAAAAGAGAAGCUAUGCUUAAAAUAAAGAGGUGAACACUCAGGUUAUGAAGCCCGAUUCAAAGGACAGGAUGUUUCUGAAAAAUGUGCUCCAUUUUGUGUGAGUGUAGGAGAAAGAAAAACAAUGUGAGUUUAUGUGAAUAUGCAAGAUGGAGAAAAAAUGUAUUACAUGAUUGUGCAUGUUAUGCCUUUACCUGUGCAUAUUUUUGUUAUUGUGUGUGCCUAGACUUUUAAUUCGUUAGUCCUCAAACUUCUAUGGGCUAUAUCUGAUAUUUUACAACCUCCUCUUGUGUGUUAAUAUAUGAGGAGGAAAGGGUAAUUGAUUCAACUGAAUUCCAGAUUACCUGUGUUGAAUGAAAUUAUCAUAUUCAUGUUUUUGUGAAGAAGGUGAUAAGUUGUCAGUAUUAUUUGUGCAGUUGGUGAGUUAGGCAUAAAAUUAUGAAGAAAACUGUAUGGAUGGAGAUGGCGACUAUAACUGUUCUCUUAUCAAAAUCUUCCUUGCACUUGUCCUUGAGUCUUUGUGUAAUGACUUUUUUUUAAAAUAUCUAAUGGUGAAAGUUGGGGUGGUAGAAUUUCAUGUUAACUGUGCUUUUGUGUUUUUUAAUGAUGGUUAGUAAAGUCUCAUGGUCAUGCAGGUUUUUCAUUAGCAUGUCUCAUGAUUAAAGUGAUGUAUUAUGGUUUAUAUGGCACACCGGUGAACAUAUAAACAUUUAACUUAUUUUUUUUUUUUUUUUUUAGCUUUUUCUUGAUUUACUUACUAAAAAUAAAGAACACAAAUACAGCAGUGUGAUGAAUAAUACAAAAUAUUAGGUUAAUAAUUUGCUUUCUUUAGACUUACCUUUUUGUUGCGUAUCUUGCACUUCUUGCCAUGUAUUACUAUAAUAAAUAUUAAUGUUUAUCCAUUC